UGCAGCCAAAGAACGCUGCGAAGAAGAAAGAAGUGUUACCGGAAGUGAUAUUCUCCUGGCUCACGCUGAAAUCUGCUGCUCACGUUAUCGUUUUCUUCCUUCUUCUGAAGGAGUUUACCUUGUUGUGAGAGCGGAGAUGAAAAAACAAGAUGCAGAAGAAUCAGCCCCACAGGGCAGUGAGGACACUUUAGCCCCGGCUGAGGGGGCGGAGUCGCCAGCAGCUGCUAAAGACGGCCUGGACAGCAACAGCAGCCCCAAAGAAUCUGAGCCACAGACGCCGCAGACAGACACACCGCCACAAGAUCAGGACGGAGGGAGUGAUGUGGCAGAGGCAGCUCGGGCUCAGUGCGACAUGGCCGAGGAGCUGAGCCGGCAGCUGGAGGACAUCCUCAGCACAUACUGCCGGGAGUCGCUCUCCGAUGAUGCCUCCGCCUUGCCCAACGGCCAGUCCCACACCUCCGAGCUGAACGGACUGAGUGGGGAGAGGGGGCACGACAAGCCGGACAAAGUGAACGGAGGAGAUAACAGCAACGAGAAGGAGCAGAAGAAAAGUCACGAGAAGAAAAAAGUGAAGGGCUUAGGGAAAGAAAUCACCCUGCUCAUGCAGACUUUAAACACACUCAGCACUCCAGAGGAGAAGCUGGCAGGACUCUGCAAGAAGUAUGCUGAACUGUUGGAGGAGCACCGUAACACCCAGAAGCAGAUGAGGGUGCUGCAGAAGAAGCAGAGCCAGCUGGUGCAGGAGAAGGACAACCUGAGGAACGAGCACAGCAAAGCCAUCCUGGCCCGCAGCAAGCUGGAGAGUCUGUGCAGGGAGCUGCAGAGACACAACCGCACACUCAAGGAAGAAGGGAUGCAGAGGACUCGGCUGGAGGAGGAGAAGAGGAAAGAGGUGACGUCCCACUUCCAGAUGACGCUGAACGACAUCCAGGCUCAGAUGGAGCAGCACAACGAGAGGAACGCCAGCCUGCGGCAGGAGAACACGGAGCUGGGAGAGAAGCUGAAGAAGCUGUAUGAGCAGUACAAACUGAGAGAGGAGCACAUCGACAAAGUGGUGAAGCACAAAGACCUGCAGCAGCAGCUGGUGGACGCCAAGCUGCACCAGGCUCAGGAGCUGCUGAAGGAGUCCGAGGAGCGUCACGACCGAGAGAAGGACUUUCUGCUCAAAGAAGCAGUGGAGUCUCAGAGGAUGUGCGAGCUGAUGAAGCAGCAGGAGGUUCACCUCAAACAGCAGCUGUCGCUGUACACCGAGAAGUUCGAGGAGUUCCAGACCACGCUGUCCAAGAGCAACGAAGUCUUCACCACCUUCAAGCAGGAGAUGGAGAAGAUGACGAAGAAGAUCAAGAAGCUGGAGAAGGAGACGGCCAUGUAUCGCUCCCGGUGGGAGAGCAGCAACAAGGCUCUGCUGGAGAUGGCAGACGAGAAAGCGGUGCGGGACCGAGACUUCGAGGCCCUGCAGGGAAAAGUCCAGCGGCUGGAGAAGCUGCGGCGGGCGCUCAAGGUGGAGCGAAACGAGCUCAACAAGAAGGUCCAGACCCUGAGCGGGCCGCAGGGGGUCAGCACGGGGCCCCCUGGCUCCGACCCCGGGACCGACUCCCCCUCGCCCCCGCCCACAGACUCUCUGCUGGAGCCCGGCUCUGGCCCCGCCCCCACUGCCGCCCCCGAUCCAGACAGCUCCUCCCCCUCCCCCUGCACUGAACUGAACACGGGCGGCUCGCUACAAGAGGCCAGCGGUCAGCCCGUCACCGCGCAGGAAUGAAGCCCCGCCCCCUCGUCCCCCAGCAUCCAGCAUCGAACCAGCAGCCGCCGCCUCCUCCUCCACUGGAUGAAGCAGAUCAGACAGCUCUGUGGAUUUCUGGUCUGUACGUGAUGGAAGGGUUAACCUGUGUCCUCCAGCAGCAGUCAGAGAAUCUACACUCACACACACACACACACACACACACACACACACACACACACACACACACACACCGACAACAGCUUCAGCUAAAGUCAGGCCAAUCAGAAGAAAGUGGAGAUCAAUAAGUAAUACGUUAUGUCUAACUCAGCUGCUCAGUUGUUUUCAGCUCUGAUGUGUCUCCGAGGUGUCGUUCACACCAGUGGUCAAAAAAAAGGAAAAAAAAAAGUUUUCACUCUGCUGCUGAAAAUUAACAAUAUUUAGUGAACUCAGCUGAACAGAGUGCAUGCUGGGUUAUUGUGAUUCGACUUCUCCUUGAGCGCGCCAGAAGCUUAAAAAUGCUUUAAAUAUAAGUUCAAUAAUCACAUAACUGAGGGAGAACUCCAACUUUGAGUGAAUCAGAUACAAUAAAUUGAGAAUUCAUCACUUCUGAAGCUUCCUGUGUUCAUGAGCCCCUUUCAAGAGUUUAUUUCAACUGAAAAAAACACAUUUAAGCACAUUUUUAUUUCAGUUUCUACUUCUAUAAUAGAUUCAGACUUUCUCUUGAGCCGCUUUCUUCUAAUUGGCUGUUUUCCCACCACCUGAAACAUGCAGUUAUUUGACAGUUUAAGUAUUAACUAGUGGUGCAUUAAACACAAGAAGCUCCUUUAGAACACUUUCACAUAAUCUCCAGUGUGUGUGUGUGUUCCUGCUCUUUCUGUUGCCUAGCAACAUAGAAACCAGUUUAUUCCAAAAGGAGCCAUCAGAGGUUGAAAUGUGUGUGUGUGUGUCUCUGCAGAAACUUGAUUGUUUUCUCUUCAUGAAGAUGUAGACGUAUGUAUCUGAGCAGCUUAAAUCAGCGCUUUUCUUCCUCAUUUGGUCUCUGAUUGGCUGAAAUAUUACUGAAGCCAACCGCAAGUCUUGAGUCCAAACACAAAAGCAAAAGGCAUUUUUCAAGAGCUCGGGGGGCCUCUGACAUCGUGCGUCCCUCUUAAAGGGCUCAGAACUCAGGUUUGAGAACCGCUGGUCUGCGUUAUUAUUGAAGGAAGCUCUUUAAGUCCUUGGUUUCCCACAUGUUGAAUGUUAAAUGAUUUCCACGCCUUGCUUGAAGUGUUUCUUCUUUCUUUGUAUAGGGUUCAGUUUCUGUAUUUAUUGUUCAGGUCUCUGAUACAGAGGCGUAGAGUUUAUUUUUUAACAUGUAGACACUUUAUAAAAGUGUUAUUCUAUGACCAAGUCUUCAUUCCUAACCUUCUGGAGUUUCCAGAUGUUUGACCACCAUUGUUUCCUCAUCAAGCAGAGAAUGUUCCUCUAUGCAACACUUGGUUGUAAUUCUGUGAACUGAUGAGCAUUUGGAGAAUGUACCACGAUUAUUCUCACGGUCCUGCAUGGAUGUACUGUGGAAACAACACAUAUCUGUGUUUUUGUUUGAGUUGGAAUCAUUUUAUAAGGUGCAGAACUGUUAGACCUUGACUUCUUCCAUCAUCUCAGAGGAUGGUUCACCUUUAAUCCUCUUGUAGGGAGGUUUCACCCACCGUGACAAGGAACCAAAGACGUUUCCUCUCCUUUGUCUUUUGCAGUACUUUUCUCUGGCCCUGUAUAUUUUUGUUUCACGGGAAAUAAAAGUUGUAACUGUG